UCCCCAUAGUAUUCCCCAAACAGCUGUACUAUCUACUUUCAAUAUUUAUAAUUUAUUCCCUAAUUUUCGUGUAAAUUAAUUAAAUUAAAUGUGGGUGAUUCGGUUUUAAAGCUAAUUAGUAAUGAAUUCAAUCGAUUGUGUCAGUGUAUUGCCAGAUGACGGAGAAGGAAGAAAAGGGAUCAAAGGGAACUGUCUUAACAAUAUUGUAUAUUGCCUUGAGAAAUAUCAAAUAACAAUAUUAGCUUCAGAGUAUGGUAUAGGGAAUCUUGACUUAAUUCAGUAUUUGGAAGAACUUGGUUGGAAUUCCAAGGGAGUUAUUGCUCUUGUAGAAUCACAUAAUCAUUCUUUUGCAUCAGUUGCCGAAAAAUACUGCUUUGGUAAAAAUACAGUGGAAGGUAGCUUCAAUGUUGUUAGUUUGACGGAGGAGUAUCUACUUAAAGAUCUAUUGAGCGACCCUUUACUUACAAACAUCGGUAUCAUCAUAAUGAAUGAGGCUCAGAAACGAAAUGUACUGACGGAUACCAUAUUAGCAGUGGUUAAAAAAAUUGUCAAAAAAAGGUCUACGCUUAAAUUGCUUCUGGUGUCAACCUCGAAUGAAGCUCAAUUUUUCGCUGAUUAUUUUGAUAAUCACAAGGAAAAGGGAAAAGGCGUUAAAAGUGUUAUUGUGUCCUUUGAAGAUAGCUUUGAUUCGAAGAAAAAUAACCAACAGGAUGUUUUAUAUCUUGAAACACCUUGUGCCGAUUACGUCAAGAAGACCAUUCAGACAAUAAUAAGCAUACAUAUGAAAAAACCCAUUGAUGGCGACAUAAUUGCGUAUAUGGCAGAGGAGGACGAUAUAAACGAUGCAAUGCAGUUGUUGAAGAAUAUCAUAGCUACAGAAGACCUAACAAACUUGAAUUAUUUUAAGAUAUCUCAAAUGAAAAACGAUCGACAAACUGUCUUCAUUCCAACUGCUAAAGGAAAGAGGAACGUAAUCUUCACUAUUGAAUUAUUACAAAAGUCUGUUACACAAGAUCGCAUCAACUAUGUCAUCGAUUGCGGUUUUAUGUGUAUAAAAUGGUAUGACCCUGCCCUCAACAGAGACCUCCGACUACUUGUGCCAGCUUGCAAGUAUACAUCUACUUUACGCGCUAAAUGGGGUAAUAAGUUUCGCAUGGCUAAAGUAUUCCGCCUAUAUACCAAAGAUAACUACCCUUCAUUACCGGACAGAACGGUUGUAGAGAUGCGUAGGACUCAGCUAUGCUUCGUAGUCUUAUAUCUGAAGGCUCUAGCUGUGGAGAACAUACUUCGCUUCGAUUUUCCAUCUCCUCCACCGGCAAAAAAUAUGUUUGCUUCUUUGGAAACAUUAUAUGUUUUAGGUGCCAUUAACGAAAGUGGAAAUCUUACAAACCCUUUGGGUUAUUUCCUAUCUGAGUCACCAUUUUCGCCAAACUUAAGUAGAUGUUUAUUUAAUUCCUCAGAAUUCGCAUGCUCCGGAGAAAUGUUGACUAUUGUCUGCAUGCUGCAGGUUGAACCAGUUUUUAUAGUUACCAACAAUAACAUGGCAGAUCGUCAUAAACAAAUAGCCAAACGUUCUUUUGAAGCAGCGGAAGGAGAUUUAAUAACGCUGCUUAAUAUCUAUAAUGCAUUUGUUGAAAACGCCAAAAGCAAAGAUUUCUGUCGUAAAUACUACUUAAACUACAACCAUAUCUUGCGAGCUCACAGGCUCAGGGAACAUCUUGCCGCCAGUCUGUUAAAUAAAUAUAAUAUAAGACUAAAUUCAAAUAAAUCGACGACUGAAAAUAUCCUACGUUGUGUAACUUCGGGAUAUUUUAUGAACAUUGCUUAUUUACAUCAUACCGGAAGUUAUAGGACAUUAAGAUGUGGAUCAGACGUGUACAUUGAUCGCGAUUCUUCUGUAUACACACUGCCACAACCAAAAUAUUUGACUUAUUGUGAACUGUAUGAUAAGGCAAAAAUAUUUAUGCGCAACAUAAGUGUCAUCAGUGAGGAUUGGUUGGAUGAGCUAGCCCCGCAUUAUUAUAAAAGAACGUCUAAGUAAAAUUUUAUUUUAUUUGCAUUAUGUAAUUCGAAGCCUUAUGAUGCCGAUAUGAACAAAUCACAUGAAACUACUCUUAUGUUUGAAAAAUAAAAUUUUAAAAAUGAAUAAACUAAAAAUCAAUACACUGAAAAAAA